ACUAUUGCACACUACCCCUACCACGUAAAUGACACAAGACACAAUUAUUUUGCUACCCGCUUACGUUGACUUAUUUUCAGUGGAUAGUUCAUCUCUACUGCUAUACAAGCUCUACACAGACUACUGUAAAGUCUAUUAUUUUGAUAGUAGUGUUUCUCUCAUAAAAAUGUGUGCUGAAAUGUGAGGAUUGUACUCACUUUAGUUAUAAUUGUAUUGUUGAUGGUUUGGUCAAGUGUAUGAACGACUUUUCAGUGGCAAAGCGGGAAGUGCUGGACAUCAUUAACAAUUGCAUAGCAGAGCCGAGGGCAGUCAGGAAGGAGAACGGGCCAGUGGUUGAGAAGGUGCACGUUCCUGUGUCCAGACAAGCUCGGUUUGUGGGCCCGGGAGGCUACAACCUGCGGAGGUUGCAAGCUCAAACAGGAGUGACAAUAAGUCAAGUAGAUGAGGAGACUUUCUCCGUGUUCGCUCCCACGCCAGGAGCCCUCAGCGAGGCGAAGGACCUCAUCGGGGAGAUCUGCAAAGAUGAUCAAGAGCAGCAGCAGCUAAUCUAUUUCAGAGGCAGAGGAGACUUGAGCACAGAGCCAAGCUCGAAAAAGAUAGUCUGAAUGGCUUCAUAUGUGUACUUCAUCUCCUU